AGGGCUUUGAGAUCUAAACAAAGGGUUUAGGACUGUUAUUGUACGAGUUUUAUGAAGCGUUCAGCGUUGCCGUUUCCUUUUUCUUUUGUAAUUUAUUUUUAACGGCGUUUUAGCGUUUUCAACAAACGUUUACUUAUUUUCCUUGGGUAUAGUAUUAAAAAUGUCUCAAAAUGUAAUAAAAUAAAAUAUAUUAGAAUUAAUGAUAUUGAAUAUUCAAAUAAAAAUAAAAAUAUUUUAGUGUAGUUUUCUUAUUAUUUUGAGAGAUUCAUUAUUAGAAUAUAAAAUAUUUAUAUUUCGAUUUAGAUUGAGAUUGAGAUUGAGAAUCUCAUUACACAUGCUUUUUAGUAAUAUUUGCCAAAAUUAUCAAUUAUGCCUUAAUUGUAAAAUAUAAGAUAACCAGUGACGAUACAGUCACUUUCAUGUACAUUAGAUUAUCAAUAAAAUUUCAUGUACAUUAGAUUGUCAAUAGAAUAAUACGCCUCCUCAUUGCCUAAUCAUUUAAUUUCCAUUUAAUUACGAAAAUGAUAUAGAAUCUCGAAUUGUAUAAACUCAAUAAUAAGAAUAACUCUCUUAUUAAUCUCUUGAGGAAAACUCACUCAAAAACCUCAAGCUCUCACACAAUCACAAAACUCAUAAGUUAUGCAACAUACUUGCAUCUCCUUAUAUAUAUCUCAAAUUUCCUAAACUCAUUAGGUAUAACAUAUUUGGAUAUUUUCCUAAUCCUUUAAACCAUAACUCGGUAGGAUUAGAAGUUAACUUAUUUCUCAAGUUUCUUUUUUUCUUCAAGCUUAAUCCAACAAAUGAAACAAAAAAAAACAGAGAAGAAAAGGAAACAACAAGCAGUUCGAAACUAAAAAGGAAAUUACAAAAAAGGAAACAAACUCUUUAUAAAUACACACAACCCCUCUUCUUGUAUCUUCACAAAUAAAACACAAAAUCAGUGAUAAACAUUCUUUAACAAUGGAAGAGGAGUUCGUGAAAGGAGAUAAAGUUGAAGUAUGCAGCAAACAAGAUGGUUUUUUCGGGUCUUACUUCGAGGCCAAGGUACUGUCCAAGCUUCCCUGCGGCUCCUUCUACAAGGUUAAGUACAAGAACCUUGUGACAGAAGGUGAAGACCCUAUGCCAUUGAUCGAAAUCAUCUCCGCUGACGAAAUCCGUCCGAUGCCACCCAAAUUAUUUCAGCCGUCAACGUUUAGACGUCAUGAUAAGGUUGAUGCUUUCGACUUAGACGCGUGGUGGUUCGGAGAGAUCAUCGGACAAAAAGGCGAUAUGUUCUCCGUUUACUUUCCCACGACCAAUGAUGUGUGCGAGUACCCACUUGAACGUCUCAGAAGGCAUUUUGAUUUGGUUAACGGACACUGGGUUUCUUCAGCAGCAAGGCAACAACGUGCUUCUUAGAUUCUGACAUGUUUCUUGUCAUUAACUGUUGUCUUUAGUAUUAAUAACUAGAUAAAUAUUCUUAAAUUCCACUUAAUAAUUUUUGUGUCACAAAAUAUUUAAUUUUUAAAGCCACAUUCUUUCACGAAUUCAGCGGAACUCUUGAACCCUCUAAACCGGUUUAACAGAUAACUUUAGAUUGGUUAAGCAGUAAAAAAUUGAUUAUGAACGUUAUUGGUCGGCUAGUAUGGACAAGAUCCGUCAGUGUCGCACGCUGAGCACUAAGUGUCAAUCGUCCAUGCUUUGCUCCCAAGUUUACAUGCAUGAACUGAUUCCAAAAGUCAACUCUCUUCUCCCAUCCCUCACAUUUACAGCCAAUAAAGGUCAGCCAUCAUAUACAUUUUUCUUAAGAUUGUAGUCUAAACUAUUUUCCAAUAAAGAUCACUCAACAAUCAAUACCCCAUACAAAUGAUUUGAUUAUCGAAAAUAUAUAUUGUUUUCUUAUAAUCUAAACUAUACUAAAAGCCAAAUAUAAAGCCCUCUGAGGGGGUCCACAUCAGCAUGUAAAUUCAUCCAGUAAUAAUGCAGCAAAUCGCCACGUCAUCGUGGUUUGGGUUUCUGAUGUUUUCUGCCUGUUUUUAUCUUGAUCUUAGAGCACGAUUAUCGCCGUCCUUAUGGACAUAUCUUAGCAUAAUAAUCAUUUAAUUUAAAUCAAUAAUAAAGAAAAAGGAGAGGGACGUUUGCUAAUUAAGAAGUUUUUAUGCUAGUCCUUAAGUGCACGUGUCAGCCUCUGAAAGGAAGACCGAAUCUUAUUACGGUCUUUCUCGUUUUCAUCGUCUCCCUCUUCUCUCCCGAUCUGUUGUCGCUCAAUCCACACCGCUCUGUCCUCAUAUACAAACCUUCUCCGCCGCUUCCAAUCAAAAUCAGGUAUGUGUUCCUCCUCUGUCUUCUGUUUUCAGAGUUGGAUGAAUUUUUUGUCAUUCUCGAUCAAUCUUGUCUGUUUUGGGGAUUGGUUGGAUUUUGUUGUGACGAUUUGAUUGUAUGCUUUGUGUAAUCUGAUUGAAUGGUUGGUGUUUGAGUAAAUUAGAUUGAAAAUUAGGGUAGAUAUAGGGAAUUGAGCAAAAAAAAAUUAUUUAAGAAUCCUUUGUGUAAUCUGGUUUUGUUCUUGUAAAUUGAUGAUAAUAAAAUCGUACUCAAUGCUGAUUUGAAAGGAUUUGUUCAUGUUGUUGGUUUCGUAUCUGGUUAUACGAGUAGAAGGUAGCUUCGUCUGUGUUCGUUCUCUUUGUGAUUUUCUUUGGGAUACAAUGGGUUUAUCAUCUACAAUGACGUUGUCCAAGCACUUCUACACUGAAGUUGUUUACAACGAUCAAGGAGAGAAACCUCAAUUGCGCUGGCGUAAGAUCCACCAGGAUACCUUCGAAUAUCUGGUGUCAAUGAGAGGUUUAAAUCUGGUGUCAAUGAGCUUUCCUCUAACGAUCAGGUUGGUGAAGAGUUGGCUCAGUCCGGCGUGAAUGUAACGUGCAGAAUGUGCUUCUGGGGAGAAAGCCAAGGAAGUGAGAGAGCAAGGAGGAUGCUUUCUUGUAAAAGCUGUGGUAAGAAGUACCAUAAGAAUUGUGUAAAGUCUUGGGCUCAACAUAGAGAUUUGUUUCAUUGGAGUUUAUGGAGAUGUUUAAUGGUUUGCGUUUGUUAGAUUACUUGUCGUUUGUUAGAUUCGCCGAUGAUAUGAUUACCGUUUGUUGUAAUUUUCGAUCUACUUUCAUGAAUAAGAACACCCAUUUGCACA